AUGGGGAGGAGUGCAUGGUGGUUCAUCUUGCUAAGUUUCAUCUGUGCAUUUUCCUCCUGCUUUGCCGAAGAGGCCCUGGGGGUCGAACUGUCUCCAGAAACCACAUCCUUCCACCACACAGCUACUUCUGCUCAGCCACUUUCCUUUUAUCAUUCUUCACCCCAGCCAGGCACCACAGUUCAUGGUAACAGCACUGGCUCUCUUAAAACACAAAUAAGCCAUAGAACAACUGUGCAGACAACAGACCAGCACCAGGCAACAACAGCACCAGACCAUCGCACAACAACCCAGGCAGGGGCACCCACCAUACAAGUCACCAGACAGACACCUCCCACAGAGGUACCCACAACAGCAUCAGACAACAGAACUACAGCUACAACCCAGGCAAUGGAAACAGUUACAGCUGCAGCAAAGAACACAACCCUACACCCUAUGUCCUCAACCAAGCAAGCCAGAACACACCCGAAAGGGCCGCCCCCUGCCGUUACUACAGCCACCACCAUGGAAACUGUGAAGCCCAGCACAGGGUCAGGAAAUCAAACAACACCGCCUAAAAGUCCAACAGCCACAGCCAUGACCAACACAACCACCAUUCAUCCAAGGCCUCAAACCACCAUCCCAUCUACUACAACAACAGUGAGACCCACUUUUGCACCGCAGCCUUCUCCCAUCCCCACUGGCAUAUACACUGUUUCUGACAGGAACAAGACCUGCAUCAAAGCGGCCAUGGGUUUGCAACUGAUGGCUCAAAACACACAUAAGAAGCAGAUGGAGUACAUGACUGUCAACCCCAACGCGACACAGACAUCUGGCAGCUGUGGGAUGGGGCACGCUGAGCUGAACAUAACUUUCAGUGGAGGGUUUAUAAACUUCACCUUUGUAAAGCAAGCUCCAAUGUACUAUGUCAGUAACAUUGAGGCCAGAUUACAGUUAUCAUCUGAAGGUAUGCUUUACUAUGCAGCCAUACAUGCUAAGCUGUUUACAGCCAAGCUGGGGAAUUCCUUUAAGUGUGCCAGCAAGCAAACCUUCAGCUUGGAGAAGAACUUCCAGCUACUCUUGGUUAACAUGCAGCUGCAGGCGUUUGAUUUUGUUGGCAACCAGUUUGGAAAGGAAGAAGAAUGUUAUCCUGAUAAAAACAGCAAAGCAGCUCCCAUCGCUGUGGGCUUGAGUAUCCUGGGAUUGUUUGUCAUUGUGUUUGUCACGUUCCUGAUUUCCAGAAGAAAGCCACAUAGAGGAUAUGAACGUAUAUGA